AUGAGAAAUCACACAACUUUAUUCAUCCUGCGAGGACUGACAGAUGACCCACAACUACAGGUUUUGCUUUUUAUAUUUCUGUUUCUCAAUUAUACAUUGAGUAUAAUUGGGAACCUGACUAUCAUCACCCUCACCUUGGUGGAUCCUCACCUGAAAACUCCUAUGUAUUUUUUCCUUAGAAACUUUUCCUUCUUAGAAGUCUCAUUCACAACUUCCUGUAUUCCCAGCUACCUCUACAGCAUAUCAACUGGGGACAACACAGUUUCUUAUCAUGCUUGUGCCAUGCAACUAUUUUUUGUGCUCUUUUUUGGAGCAGCGGAGUUCUUCCUUUUAGCUACCAUGUCCUAUGACCGUUAUGUGGCCAUCUGUAAACCUUUACAUUAUACUACUAUCAUGAAUAACAAAGUCUGUAAUCGGCUCCUAUUGAGUUCUUGGCUGUCCGGACUAAUGAUUAUUCUCCCUCCAUUAAGCUUGGGUCUCCAGUUGGAUUUCUGUGACUCGAAUAUUAUUGACCAUUUUACCUGUGAUGCAUUUCCUGUGCUAGAGAUUUCAUGCACAGAUACAAAGUUCAUAGAGAAGAUAGCUUUGAUUGAUGCGAUAUUAACACUCAUCAUCACCUUAUUGUUUGUGAUUUGGUCUUAUGCCUCCAUUGUCAGAACCAUUCUGAAAUUUCCCUCUGCCCAGCAAAGGCAAGAAGGCAUUUUCUUUUCCUUCAAUUUGUCUUGUGGCUGGUCUGACACCAAAGAUGUUUCUGCAGUAACUGUGAAAGGAGCUAACAUCCCACCACUGGUAUGCUCAUGA